AUGUUUGCGGAGUGAAAAGUUGCAGUGUCAUGUUGGUGUAUAUUCCUCCUCCCCCAACACCAGCACCACCACCAACACUACAGCCUUUGGACGUCGGCCCUCAGCGACUCAGAGCACCGACGAAGUUCACAAGUGCACAUUUGUCCCUUUGACGUGGAGGACGAGAUAUCAGCGGGUUUUCCUGGUAGGACGGAGAGAUCCGUGCAGAGAAACACCGGCGAAACUUAUCGUGCUGAUUGGGCAAGUCUUGCGUAACUUGUUUGAGUUGGCUUCUGUGUGAAUGCGCCCCGUUCUCUUGAGACGAGGAGUUUUAGCGGCUGCCGACCAGGUGUUUUUGUAGGAUAAGCAUCACAUAAGUUGAAGAAGAAUCCCUGCUAUGAUACAACUGAUUGCAGUUGCACACAUGUGCCAACCGCUUCCUUUUUUCAUGUAAAAACGCUAAAUGGCAGAAGACGUUUGAAAACGUCAGAAUGGACUACUUUGGAAAAACCUGAAUUCUUUCAAAUCCGGACCAAAAGUAAUUUCAUGAUCGUUGCUUUUGCUUUGGGAACUGUGUGACACAAAUAUUGUCAGUCAUGUCAGAUAGGGCAGGAUACAUGGCUGAGCGAGCCUUAUGUGGUUCACCGUCAGUUUACAGAUAUGGUUCCUUGCUGUAUUUCUGCAGAGAAACGCAUGACUUGAGCUUAACUUUUGCAGCAUCUGGACAUCUCACUUCGCCUGCUGGCUGUAGCAGUGAUCACCAAUGGAAUGUACUAUUACGCAGGGGGUUGUCGACAUGCUAAAAGACUAUUUUUGUGUUGAAUUUUUUUUAGCAAAAUGGAGGAACUGAGGAUACUUGCACACUGUAGCCUUUACCUACUGAUGAGUUGAAGACCAAAGGAGCUUUCUCUGUUGAAAGUUUGAAUCCAAUGGGAUAAGAACUAAAAACAUUUGACUGUAUCAGUGAAAAACUAGAUCUAAAGUGCUUUCUCCCCAUAAUGCACUGCCCUAAAAAGAAGAAACGUCCAACAUGCGACUCGGAUUUCUCAGCUAUUGUGGUUCCCUCUAUGCGUGGGUCUGGGUAUCUUGACUACACCGUCGAGACCCACGCUUCAAGGGCCCUGAAGGCCAUGGAUGAGUUCCGGCAGAACGAAAUGCUGUGUGAUCUGGUGCUGCAUGUCACAUACAAGGAGAGGACAGUCGACUUCAAGGUUCACAAAGUUGUGCUGGCCUCCUGUAGCUCCUACUUCAGAGCCAUGUUUACCAGCAGCUUCAAGGAGUGUCACGCUUCGGAGGUCACCCUGCGUGAUGUCUGCCCUGAGGUGGUCGGGAGACUUAUUGACUUUGCCUACACCUCUCACAUAACAGUGGGAGAAAAGUGUGUAUUGCAUGUGCUUUUGGCUGCUAUGAGGUAUCAGAUGGAGGAUGUGGCAAAGGCAUGCUGCGAUUAUCUGAUUAAACACCUAGAGCCAGCUAACGUCAUUGGCAUCUCCCGCUUCGCUGAGGAGAUCGGUUGCACAGAACUCCAUCAACAGAGUCGGGAGUACAUCAAUACACACUUCAGUGAGGUGACCAAAGAAGAGGAAUUCUUCAGUCUUACUCACUGCCAGCUGCUGGAGCUCAUCAGUCAGGACAGUCUCAAGGUGCUCUGUGAGUCUGAGGUGUAUAAAGCCUGCACAGACUGGGUACGCUGGGAUAUGGAGAGCAGAGCCCCCUAUUUGCAUGCCCUCUUGAAUGCAGUUCACAUCUAUGCGUUGCCACCUAAGUUCCUGAAGAACCAGCUGCUGUCCUGUCCCAUCCUCAGCAAGGCUAAUUCCUGUAAGGACUUCCUGUCCAAAAUCUUCCAGGAUAUGACCCUGAGGAAGCUUCCUCCUGCUCCUAAUCGGGGAACUCAGUUUAUCUACGUGGCCGGCGGAUACCGGCAGCAUUCUCUGGCAUCCAUGGAGGCCUACGAUCCAAGGAGGAAUAUGUGGAUAAAACUGGCUGACAUGGGGAUGCCAUGCAGUGGUCUGGGAGCCUGCGCACUGUUCGGACUGCUCUACACUGUUGGAGGCAGAAACCUGUCACUUCAAACCAACACGGAGUCCAACGCCCUGAGCUGCUACAACCCCAUGACCAACCAGUGGAGCCAGCGAGCCUCCCUCAACAUCCCCAGGAACCGGGUCGGGGUGGGCGUGGCGGAUGGCUGCAUCUAUGCUGUCGGAGGCUCCCAGGGCUCGAUACACCACAACACGGUGGAAAAGUGGGAUCCCGAGUCUAAUCGCUGGACCUUUGUUUGUCCAAUGUCGGUUGCUCGCCUGGGAGCCGGCGUGGCGGUGUGCGGGGGGGCCCUGUAUGUAGUGGGGGGCUAUGAUGGACAGAACCGCUGGAACACAGCUGAGAAAUAUCAGCCUGACACUAACACCUGGCAACAGCUGGCUCCCAUGAAUACUAUACGCAGCGGACUAGGUUUGGUGUGUGUGAACUCUUACCUGUAUGCUAUAGGAGGCUAUGAUGGGCAGAGCCAGCUGGCCACUAUGGAACGCUACAACGUAGCCAGGAAUACGUGGGAGCCGAGGGCCUCGAUGCAGUACUCUCGCAGCGCACAUGGAGUCACUGUCCACCAGGGACGCAUCUUCGUCUUCGGAGGUUUUAACCAACACGGCUUUCUGUCCAGCGUUGAAUGCUACUGUCCCGAUAGAAAUGAAUGGACAUGUAUCACAGACAUGCCCGUUGGACGCAGCGGCAUGGGCGUCGCUGUUACCAUGGAGCCCUGUCCCGGGAGCCUGCCUGAGGAAGAUGAAGAAGAGGGAGACGCGAUGGGAUGAGGAUGGAAUCUGUUGAAGUCUCAAGUGCUGAAUACACUUCCAAGUGGUGCUGCUUUUCAACAGGGGGCUGUGCAUUAAAUGACAAUAUUUCCAAAUAAAAACAGCUAUCCCCCACCCGAACUGAUCUCGGUGGCACUGUGGAACACUGCAGAUAUUGACUAUAUGGUGACUUUGAAGAGGAAGGAAUAUAUUUCUACAUCUGCUGGGGAUCAAGUGAUGCAGUCGGUAUAUGAUAGCGGCCUUGCAAUCAACAAGGUGCUACUGAAUUAAUUACUAUUUAAUUAAAUAUUGUUCUUCUUAACUUCUUUUUAACUCCUCAGUGUUUUGUUUAGAAGGUGAACUUAUUUCUAGUUCCUCUCUACAUUUGACUUCUUCAUUUUGUGCCAAUGUAGUUUCACCCAAAGCUGCCUUUUUGUUUUUUAAAAAAAGAUUUUUGCAAUUAGUACACUCUGUUUCUGAAAAUAAAUAAAUCAAAUGUGCAAAUGACAAAAAUAUUAAUCAUUUGCAUUUCCUCAUUUGCCAA